CCUGGAGACCCAACAGAGUGCUCAGUAGGUACAGCUCCUGCCCUCAGGCAACGUGUGAUGGAAGCAUAAUAAAAUAUAGGUGGGGAGGGCCUCUCUGAUUAGGUUACAUUUGAGCAGAGACCCGCAGAAGAGGGAAUAAGCCAUGCAGAUUACAGGGAAGGGCCCCCACUGUGGGCCAAAGAGCCACAGUGGCAAAGGCCCCUGGGUCGGGAGGGCCCUUAGUCUGCCCUGAGCAUGUGGUCAGGAGUACGCAAAGGACAAAGGAGGCCCUUGACGAAGCUGGUGAUGAUUGUGGCUUGGACUCAGAGAGGUGGGAGGCCUGGGAGGGCUCUGAGCAGAGGAGCCACUGUUUUGUUUGUUUGCUUUUUUUUUUUUUUUUUUGCCACACCGUGCGGCUUGCUGGGAUCUUAGUUCCCUGACCAGGGAUUGAACCUGUGCCCCCUGCAGUGGAAGCGCGGGGUCCUAACCGCUGGACCGCCAGGGAAUUCCCCCCCGACUUGCUCUUACUGAAUCAUUCCGACUGCUGUGUGGAGAAUCACCUUCCUCCUCGAUCCCCAGGUACUCCACGGUGAUGGCAAGAAUUAAGGAGGUUCCCUUCUGUGUUAGUUUCCUGUGGUUGCUUUACCGUAUUACUACAAACUUAGUGGUUUAUUUAUUUUUAAAUUAAUUAAUUAGUUUAUUUUUGGCUGCGUUGGGUCUUCGUUGCUGCGUGCGGGCUUUCUCUUGUUGGGGCGAGCGGGGGCUACCCUUCGUUUCGGUGCGCGGACUUCUCAUUGCGGUGGCUUCUCUUGUUGCGUAGCACGGGCUCUAGGCGCGUGGGCUUAGUAGUUGCGGCGCAUGGGCUUAGUUGCUCUGCGACAUGUGGGAUCUUCCCGGACCAGGGCUCGAACCCGUGUCCCCUGCAUUGGCAGGCGGAUUCUUAACCACUGCACCACCAGGGAAGUCCCGACUUAGUGGUUUAAAACAACACAAAUUUAUUAUCUUAGAGUCUUGGAGGUCCGAAAUCUGAAAUGGGGCGCCCGGGCUAAAAUCAAGGUAUUGGCAGGGCUGUUUCCUUCUGGAAGCUUUAGGCUUCAGUGGUCACAUUGCCUUCUGACUGAGUGAAAUCUGUGUCCUCUUACAAGGAUCCCUCUGAUUACGUUUAGGGCCCUCUGGGAUCAUCCAGGAUAAUCUCCGCCUCUCAAGAUUAUUAACUUAAUCACACCUGUGGUGUCCCUUUUGCCCUGAAAGGCAGAGGCGGGCGUGGCAGGAGAGGCCCAGAGGCCAUUGUGGGCACGGCAGUAGCUACCGUGGACGGGCAGUGGGGAGAGAGCCUGUUGAGGUGCAUGGCUCGGGGAAGCGGCAUGAAGACAACCCCCCACCCGCAGGUGCUGGGGAAGGCGCCCCUCGGGAUUGGCCUCCGCCACAGUGCCAAGCGGGACCGGAAGUCCAUCACCCUGCAUGUGAAGCUGGAGGUGCUUCGGAGGUUCGAGGAGGGCGAGAAGCUGGCGCAGAUCGCCCGGGCCCUGGGGCUGGCCACCUCCACUGUUGCCUCGAUCCGCGUGAACAAGGACAAGAUCCGGGCCAGUUCUCAGGCAGCCACGCCCGCCAGCACCACCCAGCUGACCCGCUGCCGGGGCGCGCUAAUGGGCCACAUGGAGCGCCUCCUGAGCCUGUGGAUCCAGGAGCAGAGGCGGCAGAAGCUGCCUGUCAGCACACUGCUGAUCCAGGACAAGGCGCGCCGGCUCUUUGCCCAGCUGCAGCACGAGCAGGGCAGCGGCUCCCAGGCUGAGACGUUCGGGGCCAGCCGUGGCUGGUUUGCCCGCUUCAAGGUGCGCCACGACGUGCUGCUGACCGAUGAGCCGGCUGUGGCCGGCGCCCAGGCUGCCGCGCGCUUCCCGCUGGUGCUGCGCGCCGUGCUGGAGGAGGGCUGCUACUCCCCGCGGCAGGUCUUCAACGUGGACGAGACGGGCCUGUUCUGGAAGCGGCUGCCUGAGCGCCUGCUUCUGGCGCUGGAGGGCACAGCCGGGCCUGGGCCCGAGGCCUCUAAGGACCACCUGACCCUGCUGCUUGGUGGCAGUGCGGCUGGUGGCUUCAAGCUGAAGCCCCUGCUCGUGUACCCCUCAGAGAACCCGCGUGCCCUCAGGGGCUGCUCCAAGGCCAGCCUGCCUGUGGUCUGGCGCUCCAACCGCAGUGAUUGGUUGACACCUAGCAUCUUCCAGGAGUGGUUCACCGGCUGCUUCUGCCCGGCUGUGGAAAGCUACCGUGCCAGCCACGGCCUCCCACACCGCGCCCUGCUGCUGCUGGACAGCGCACCCUGCCACCCUGUUCACUUGGGUGGCCUCUCGGCCCAUGUGCGUGUUGAGUUCCUGCCCAAGAACACGUCGGCCCUGAUCCAGCCCAUGAACCAGGGUGUCAUUGCGGCCUUCAAGGCCCGUUAUCUGCGCCGCACGCUCAGCCAGCUGGUCCAGGAGACGGCGGGUACAGACCGGCCCUCCGUGCGGGAGUUCUGGCGCAGCCAUACUGUCAUGACUGCUGUAGACAACAUCGCUAAGGCCUGGGCAGAGCUGCAGCCUGCCACCAUGAACAGUGCCUGGAGGAAGCUGUGGCCCGAGUGCGUGCCCGCUGGUGCCCCCGAGCCCAGUGCCGUCCCCCAGCUCCGUCACAGCGUUGUGACGCUAGCCAGCCACGCAGGCCUCGGGGAUGUGGCUGAGGCCGAUGUUGCCCACCUGCUGCAGGCCCAUGGGGAGCCCUCGCCCCGCAGCAUCCCCCAGGAGGUGGAGGUCGGGGGUGUCAGUGGCUCUGGGCUGCCCCGUGAGGCGGGGAAAGGCCUGGCCUCCGGAAGACCAGAGUCAGAUCUCAUGGAGGCCAUGGUGGGUGUGGAGACGGAGGAAGCAAGUGUGGGUGCACUGCGCCCUGAGCACCUGGCCCAGGCGCUGUCCCACUUUGCUGCUGGCCUGCGAGUCCUCAUAGAGAAUGAUCCCAACCGGGAACGCAGCCUGCGGGUGUCCCGGGCUGUCCACUGUGCCCUCACCCACCUCCGAGAGCUGCAGCGGGAAAGGAGGCGACAGGCUCGGACAGUUGCGGGGCCUCAAGGGGCCCCGUGAUGGUGGCAACGAAGGAGUUGGCAGAAAGCCUGCACUCACCCCAGGAGGGGCCCACGGAGGGUGGGCAAGAGGCCAAGGGCACAAACCCUGAAGGACAGACCUCUUUGGCUGUCCUGUGUGAUUUAGGGCUCGGGCCUGACCUCAGACGAGCUUUGUCUGAUGAUGUUUUUGUUUCUGGAGGGGAGACACUGCCACUUCUCACCCAUGGUUCUCAUACCUCAUGCACUGCCAUCUUUGUACAGUGGCACACAGAGCGUCAGGCUUGGGGAACAAGAGGCUGGUGUUCUCUGAUUGGCAGAUGAGCCGUGGGACCCAGGAGUGCCCAUCCGUGUCAGAGACACACCCUGUAGACCAGCAGUUGCCAAGCACAGCCCACCAGGGUAGGCUUCCUUGUGGUGAGGGGCCAGGGUUGAGACGGGCCUCUCCUAUUCGCCAACCCUGACCUGUCCGUGCACCGUUGUGACUCUUCCUAGCCCACUCUAGGUGGGGGUUUCCUGCUCUCCUUGCUCACCUUCCGUGCCAUCCUCACUCCUUCUGGCUUCCGCGGCUUGUGUUGUCUGAGGUUUCUGGUACCUUCCCUGUGCCCGAGCCUGUGGGCGUGUGUGGCUUUCCUUGGUUUGGAGAUGUUUUCUUCCCUGGGUUUCUGUGCCGUGGUUGUCUUGGCUUCCCUUCAGCCUCUGAGGCUAAGCCUUCUGUCACUUUGAUGGUCUCCCAGAUCUAGAGCUCUUUGGAAAAUCUCAGCCAUUCUUGAGGGCUCAGUGGCCACCUCAGGGUCAGCUCCCAGCACAUUGGCUGCAGCCCAGCCUCUCCCCAAGGUUAGAAACAUGGCUCCGAUUCCAAUGGAUUGGCUCCUUGGACGGUCUUGUUAUCUCCCGUCAUUCCAACUUGUUCUCCUGUCCCCCUAGAUUGUAAUAGCAAGCACACUGGGGUAUCCACUUGACUCUGUAGACAUACCAUAUGGGCCACCAAAACCCAGGGAGUCAUCAAGGGAAGGAGUUCUUGUACUCCAGCUAGGUGAGCCGCAGGUGGUGAGACAGGGCUGUCUGGCCUCCUGGACUCCUUUCGACACAGGUACCAGCAUGUGUCCGUGAAUGUGUGUGCGCGACACACACACGCAUGCCAAGAGUAAAGUUGGGAGAAAGGAUUGCUUCUACCUCUGUCCCAGCUAACACUUGCAGUGCUGGGCCUGCUGUCAAUACGUAAAAGGGGCCGGAGGCCAGGGAGGGGUUCCAGGGGCCAGCCUUCCUGGGAGAAAGGUCAGAUGAGGUCCCUUGUUUGCUUUCUUGGGGAGAGUGGCAAAAGGGAUGGCAAGGAGAAGUAGAAGAGCUUUUCUUAGGAGCCUGGUGACUGACUGGAUUAAUAAACUGCACAAAUUAUGAGCACUUGUAAUGUGCCAGGUGUUGGGGAGACCAGGGUGGGAGGGACUGGCCUCAGGGGCUGCCGGUCCAAAGGCUGUUACAUUCUGUGCCCACGGCUAUGACGGGCGACUUGUGAGGGACCCAAACAAAACCAGCUGGGGUUCUGGGGAGGUGCUGCCCCAGCUUUUGGAAACCGGUCGUUUCAAAAUGCCAGGUAUCAGAGAGGGGCCUGUCUUAGGCGGCCCAGCACGGUGUGCCUGGUGAAGCCCUGAGGACGGGGAAGCGGGAGCAGCCCCGAUGGAGGCGGAGUGCGGCGCAGCAGCUGAGAGAGGCAGGUGACCAGGUGGGAGGAAAUGCCACAUCCGCCGGGCGGGAGGAGUAGAGAGGCAGCUGAGGGGCAACCUGGCACAGUCGAGCGGACGGACAGCGAGGGGGUCUGAGGUCGCGCGGGGCAGGGCGUGGCGGAGACGACGCACGGAUGGGCCCACGUGGCUCCACAGCUCUUUACCUCGGAACCCGGGACACCGCCAGGACCUCAGGGAAGGCGCCGCGGAGCGUCGGGACUCGCACCGCUUGGCG